UCAUUGUCAGCUUUACUAUUAGAUCACGAAAGCAAACUUGGAUUUCUUCAUUUCUCCUCCUACUCAACCCUUCUUAAAAUCACUACCAACAUGGCUUUCACCAUCACCGUUCUCUUUCCCAAUGAACCCGAUGCCAAAUACGACUUUGAAUAUUACGUCUCUAAGCAUAUGCCUCUGAUUCAAGAGUGCUGGGGCAAAUACGGUGCCAAGAGCUGGUCGGCGACGCAAUUUACCGGCGGACUGGACGGUUCGCCAAGUCCCUACGCAUUCGGAUCCGUCGUCGAAUGGGAAGAUGCGGACCAAGUCAAGACUGCUUUCGAGGGCCCUGAGGCCGCCGAGAUCAUGGGAGAUGUCGCCAACUUUAGCAACAAGCAGGCCCUUUUCCUUCUGGGUCGAGUUGCCCACUGA